AUAGACCGUCCGUCCAUUGCCAACUCUUUCUUCUUCCUUUUAUUUUCUUCUAUUUCACAUUUAAAACCAGCAACUGCUUCUCCAUUUUCGUCCUGGAACUGAAUUAAUUAAUGUUUCUUGUAUAACUUCCCCUCUUCUCUUCCCAUUUUUGUCCUUUUUCCAUGGUGGGAUUUCUUUAAAUUCCAUGAAAUGUUCCUUCCUUUAACGUCUUAAGAGAGAAAAAGGAGAAAAAAACAAUGACAACUAAUAAUAAUUCUAUGGGACUCGGUUUCAUGGCUGCCUUUGCAGUUUCAGGUAGUGUAGUUCUCAUUGCUCGUCAUGUCCACAAACAUCUAGUCUCCGAUUUCAUGAAGAAGAUUGAAUUUGAAUUAGUGGGGUCUAAGAGAUGCCAAGCCAAGAAAAGGGUGCGAUUUGCAGAAGAUGUAAUAGAGCCAUCAUCAAACAAUAAACAAUAUCGUGAUAGGCACUUGGCCAGGAUAGCAGAAGGAAGCCAGAUGAUGAAUCGGAAUUAUGGACCAAAAUUCAUGGAGGCCAUGCCUGUGAACAGGCAAAUCCUGUACAAAGGGAUCCUGGAGUACAAAACCCUUAAAGGAUGUGUUGCAUCAGCCUGAUUUUGAUCCCCAGAACUCUAUCAGUGGUUGGUUUCUACUUGUAAAAAUGUUGUUUCUUAAUUUUUCUGUUUUCUGUACUUAGAAAUUCCACAGAUACAGAUUCUCAUUCCAAUGGGAAUUGUAGAGUCUAUGAAUUCAUUGAAAUUUUUCUUUUGUUUA